GCGGCGGCCGAGAAGAUGGCGGACGGCGACAGCGGCAGCGAGCGCGGCGGCGGCGGCGGCGGCGGGCCCGGCGGCUUCCAGCCCGCGCCGCGCGGCGGCGGCGGCGGGCCCGGCGGCGAGCAGGAGACGCAGGAGCUGGCCUCGAAGCGCCUGGACAUCCAGAACAAGCGCUUCUACCUGGACGUGAAGCAGAACGCCAAGGGCCGCUUCCUCAAGAUCGCCGAGGUGGGCGCGGGCGGUUCCAAGAGCCGCCUCACGCUGUCGAUGGCGGUGGCCGCCGAGUUCCGCGACUCGCUGGGCGACUUCAUCGAGCACUACGCGCAGCUGGGUCCCAGCAGCCCGGAGCAGCUGGCGGCGGGAGCCGAGGAGGGCGGCGGGCCGCGCCGCGCGCUCAAGAGCGAGUUCCUGGUGCGCGAGAACCGCAAGUACUACCUGGACCUCAAGGAGAACCAGCGCGGCCGCUUCCUGCGCAUCCGUCAGACGGUGAACCGCGGCGGCGGCGGCUUCGGCGGGGGACCCGGGCCCGGCGGCCUGCAGAGCGGCCAGACCAUCGCGCUGCCAGCGCAGGGUCUCAUCGAGUUCCGCGACGCGCUGGCCAAGCUCAUCGACGACUACGGGGGCGAGGAUGACGAGCUGGCCGGCGGCCCGGGAGGCGGCGCCGGCGGCCCAGGGGGCGGCCUGUACGGAGAGCUCCCGGAGGGCACCUCCAUCACGGUGGACUCCAAACGCUUCUUCUUCGACGUUGGCUGCAACAAGUACGGGGUGUUCCUGCGAGUGAGCGAGGUGAAGCCGUCCUACCGCAAUGCCAUCACCGUGCCCUUCAAGGCCUGGGGCAAGUUUGGAGGCGCCUUCUGUCGGUAUGCAGAUGAGAUGAAAGAAAUCCAGGAGCGACAGCGGGAUAAGCUUUACGAGCGACGCGGUGGGGGCAGCGGCGGCGGCGGCGACGAGUCCGAGGGUGAGGAAGUGGAUGAGGAUUGAAACGGGCAGCUUCCCGGGCUGGCCUCCCCCACCCCACCACCAUCCCCUUGGCUAGAGAGUUCCCUUUCCUCCUCGUCCCCAGUGAGCUAGUGGAGAGGGAUCAGGGGAGGCCGCAGACGGAGACAACAAAAUUUAAAAUAAUAUAGUUAAGAGAAAUAACCAUAAGAAAACAGUCACAGACAAUUAGAGAAAAACAGUAAAGUUCCAAGGCACUGCCAGCAACCUGCAAAGAGGACAGCAGCAUCUCCUCACCUGCGCAAGAGUCUCAGCUUCUGUUGAAACCCGAGGUUCGUAAAUUCAUCAGGAUAACACUGGAGGGGAUAGGUCUUCGAACGUCUGAGUUACCCAGACUCGUCCAUUGAUAACAGUUGAAUUUGUGUUGUACCUGGGUCAUCUGGUCUUAGGAUCCUUCCGGGCCUCCCUCCACCGCCAUUGAAAUCAGCAUUUUGGAGCUAGGUCCUAAUGGAAUCUGAGAAGAAAGGCCUUUGCAGUUACCCAGUUCCGAGGGUACAGGUUUAUGAAAAGGAAUGCAAUUUUACACAAUCAUGGACAGGGCAAGAUAAGAAUU